GAGAUCGUGAACAAAUUUCCCGCAACACCCGGAAGUGACGCGGACGUCAAUAACAAGAAGAAACAAGCAACAGUGUGUAGCGCAGCACAGUUCAUCUCUUUUAACCUUUUAAAGCAAAAAUACAAGAUGUCUUCGGAUUUUGAAACGUACGAGCUGGACUUUGGCACCCUCACUGCGGAUAUAACCAACAAAAUUGGAAGAAUACCCAAACUAGCCGGUGAGGAGAAGACACAGCUGGUUCUAAAUGUCGACAAACAGCUUGAAGAAGUCAGAGAGUUGCUCGAGCAGAUGGACCUGGAGGUUCGAGAGAUCCCUAUUCAGAGCCGAGGCAUGUACAGCAGCCGUCUGAAGAGCUACAAGCAAGAGAUGGAGAAACUUGAGAAAGAUUUUAAAAGGUCACGUAUUGCCUACAGUGAUGAGGUGCGGAACGAGCUCCUGGGGGAUGAUGCGAGCUCCUCGGAGAGUCAGUUGAUAAAGUUACGUGAAGAGAGAGCACAUCUGUUGGACAACACAGAGAGGCUGGAAAGGUCAUCUCGGAGGCUGGAAGCUGGCUACCAGAUAGCGGUGGAAACCGAGCAAGUGGGACAGGAGAUCCUCACCAACCUGCACAGCGAUCGCGAGAAGAUCCAGAGAUCCCGCGACCGGCUGAGAGAGACAGACGCUAACUUGGGCAAGAGCUCUCGGAUCCUGACCAGCAUGCUGAGAAGGUAAGAGGAAGGAUCAUUCAGAAUCGUAUCCUGGUCUUCAUCCUGGGUGCAAUCAUCCUCCUCACCAUCAUCUUGGCCAUGUAUUUCAAUUUGCGAGGGCACUGAUCUCCACUGACUGGCCCUAUGUGUGUAUGUGUGAGUGUGUACGAGCGUGUAUGUAUGAUUAAUAGUGACAAAAGUGUUGGGCUGGAGUAAUUAGGACAAAUUGUUCACAUGAAUCAUUCCUGGUGGGCAGUGACAGGGGGCCUCUCCUCACUGCUCUCGAGCGGAGCGGGACUAUUCACACCCUCUCUCUCCUUAUAUUUAUGCUGCGUCCAUUACUUUUAAAACUUACCGACCCAUAGAGAAACCCAACAUGGAUGUGUGGACACGAGGACCAUGAUGAGAACAUCAGAUGGAUGAAGAACAUGAAGACGACCAUCAACGUAUGUCAAAACCUGCUGUUUAAUGUUUAGUUUUCUUUUUCUCUUGGUGGGAAAGGGGCAUGAGUGUUAAAAGCUACUAGCAAAAUUCCAUCUAUCAGUUGUAUAUAUGUGUGUGUGUGUGUGUGUGUGUGUGUGUGUGUGUGUGUGUGUGUGUGUGUGUGUGUGUGUGUGUGUGUGUGUGUGUGUGUGUGUGUGUGUGUGUGUGUGUGAAUGUGUGUGUGUGUGUGUGUGUGUGUGUGAGUGUGUGUGUGUGUGUGUGUGUGUGUGUGUGUGUGUGUGUGUGAGAGAGAGAGCCAUACACAAGGCAAGGCCCCCGGUGCAGUACCAUUUAGCACAUGGUGCAGAAUCACACACAACACACAGCCCAAAGGUCACGCGCCCGUCUCUCAGUCCCCCUUCAUCCAGGAUUAGUAGCUUCUCACGCUGUUCCUCUAAGGUCAGCAAAGACCUCGCAUGUGUUUAGUAAAACCAGCAGGACUGCUUUGAACAAGAAAACAUACAUGUCCACUCUUACCUUAUUAAUCAAAUCUGACAGCAUGAUAGUAACUGUAGUCAGUCGAUCUAAUAAGAAGUGUUUCCUGUAUUUAUUUGUCAUUUCAGAUGAAUUGGGAUGUAUUUUUUUGCUGUAACUUUCUUUCGAUUUAUCUGGAAUUUGUUGUAGCCAUUAGUGUUUGACAUUAAAAUUAUAUUAUUUGUCUCUACUGUACAAUAUUGUUGCAAAUGUGCUUCAUUAUUACUAUACUGGGACCAACUAGCAAGCGUCGGUAUGGAAAUAUGCUAAAUUUGAGAGUCUGCUCCAGGCUUUCACCUGCUGGUUGAGUAUUAGUCUAUAAGAAAGAAGGUAACCAUGGCUGUGUACUAACAGUACAAAUAUUUAGUUUAUCAUGUUUUUAUGUGAGGAUUCCUUUGUAAGUUUUCAUUAAUAAUGUUUAUCGUCUUACACUCGGGCUCAGUUCCAAAACUUAAUGAGUUGUUUUGCUGUCUGAUGCAUGCAUAGGCAGUUGACGUCCAAGGCAGCAUCCCUAACUGAAAUGAACCUCAUAAAACCUCAUAAAUGACUGUUUCAAGACCCUCUACAUAGUUAGCAACUUUGAAAACAUAAGAGACCAACUUCACAAUUGGUUUGAAAAAGUUAGCUGUUAGCUUGUUGCUAAUCUAAUAACAAUAUGUUAAGCAUAAAGGCAAAUAUUCAACGUUAGCACAUCAGUCAUAUCAACAUAUUACUUUGUAAUCUUGGAUCAGUUUUUUUAUAAAUAGGUAAGCUGUUAACGUGUUGCUAAUCUAAUGGCAAUGUUUUAAACAUAAAGUCGAAUAAUCUAUUUUAAUGAAUCAGUUAUAUUAGCCAUCAACAUUUCAUUUUGUUUGCUAUUUUGGAACGAUUUUUUUUUUAAAGAGUUUGAUAUUAGCAUGUUGCUAAGCUAAUUAAAAUGUGUUAAGCAUAAAGACAAAUAAUCCAUGCUACUGAAUCAAGUUAGCUGUUAGCAUGUUGCUAAGCUAAUUGCGCAAUACUAUAAUAAGCACAAAAAUACAGGGCACAUAAAUAUUGGGUAAAAUUAACCAUUUUAAUUACACUGAGCUAUAACAAUAUUCAGUAUUGAAUUUUUCUCACUUCGUUUUCUUUUUUCACAGUUGUCGCAGUGCAUUCUGCGAUUUCUUGUUUCUUUAAGAAGGAUAUAUGCAGUGUUGUCUUAAAAUUUGCCCAAUUGAAUAAAUCUUAAAGACAGCAGAUUAUUAGGCCCCUCAGCCUUUACGUUGGGAGUGUGCCUAUGAUGCUGCCUACGUAGGUGACUCACUAGGUUUUGGAACACUGUGUUGAUUAGCACACCACCGCCUCUCUUCCCAACACCCCUUCUAGACGGGACACAUGCGCACACCUCGGCCGGUCGAGGUGCCUGAUGGACAGACGGACGGACCGUCAGAUAGACAGGCAUUUGAUAUUCUGUUUCAGGACGAGUGGAUUGUCUUAUUUUGGAAGCAGCCUGGUGGGGGUUUUCUCUGCCUCUGCUUCACAGCUACAGCUUCAAAGCGCCAAAUUAAUGGCCAACAAAAUAGUGUGUCUCUGUGUGUCCCAUGUGGGGCCAACCUAUUGAGAGUUAUCAUUUAAGUUGAGGAAGGAAAAUAAAGGAUGAGGGGGAGCUGAAUCCUGCCAGUUUAACAAACCUCAUCAGAUAAUGACCUCUCUGACUGGGUUUUGCAUCGAACUGUGGAGAGAAAGAGAAUGUGCGUUUAAGUACGAUAGCGAUGAGAUUUGUUUGUCCUUAUUUUCUCACAUGCAUGUGCGUGCGGGGGACGAGCAAGCGUGUUCGUUUUCCGCACCUGCGCAUGUGUAUGCGAGACAUCAGUCGGCUGUGUGUGUAAUGACUUGGAUGUGUGUCGGUGUGUUUUGCUGGCUCAGUGUGUGUGUGUGUGUGUGUGUGCGUGUGUUAUCUGUCUCUCGCACUCUCUCUCUUUCUCUCUACUCGGGCCUGUCAGAUCCUCUCAGCAGUGUGUGGCUGGUGGAAAAGCAGCGUGGCUGCGGCUCUAUUUGAAGUUGUAAUGGUGUCAAAAAGUCAGAGCUGACUGACAGCCGUCAGUCCCACUGGGGCUCAUUAAAUCAUAACAACUUGACAAGGAAAUAAUUGAGCGCUGACGAUAAGUUGGGGCCCAUUUAGAUGUUUUUAUUUUCUUUCAUUAUUAGUUGUGGCUAUUAAGUUCAUUAAGAAAUUGCAUUAAACAACCAUUGGGGGGCUAAUGAUUUGUUUAUAUCCCCUUUUUUAUUAUUUAAACAUUAGGUGUGUCACGUGACACCUUCGGCAGGCUGGCGGUAUCAUCUGCCGCAUCUAUUUUUUCCCUUCUUUUUUUCUUCCUUUCUUUUUAUCCUUCUUUUUCACCCUCUAUGCCUCUCUGUCUCCUUCCCUCCUUUCUCUCUCUCUUUCUCUCUCUCUAAGCAGCGGGUGCCUUUGGAAUAUGAAAUAGAUUAUUCAUUACCCUCUUCUCUGUAACUGAUUUGGUUUCCGUGUAGAGUCUUCUAUGUGAGGAGGAUGAAAACUUGUCAAAAAUGGGUUAUAUCUUAUUCCGAGGGGCAACAAUAGUGGCAGUUACAGACACACUUUAAUAUUUCAUUAUGCCUGACGUUAACCCUGCUAAGUGACUUCGGCUAGCAGGCCUUUAGUGAGAAAGAGACUCUGAUUAGCUCCUAUCACAGAACAGGCUACAAAGAGGCAGGCAAGACCCACUGCGGUCACGGCAGAGAUGGGUGCUUGCUCAUGAUUUACUGACAUCUCUCUAAAGCUAGAUUGCAGGUGCAUAUAUACUGUAUGUGUAUAUAUAUAUAUAUAUAUGUGUGUGUAUAUGUGUAUAUAUAUAUAUAUAUAUAUAUAUGUGUGUGUAUAUAUAUAUAUAUAUAUAUAUGUUUAGAAUUUUUAUCAUCAUCGUGACAUUUUUUGAGUAAGCAUUUACUAAGUUCCACCCACCUUGGUUACAGUUGCUAAGUUGGAAAUGCUUUAUAGAUUUAUGUGAAUGGUGCAAUUUUAUGUAAAGUGAAGUGUUGGCUGUUUUUAUUUGAUUUUAUUCUUUAAAUAACUUCUUAAAUUAGAAUACAAUUUUAAAAUGUUUAACAUGUUUUUUUUUUUUUUAUUAUUAUUAUUAAUUUAAGGUAGAAUUUCUAAAUUUUAAGGUGGGUUUAUUGAAAGGUCAAUAAAAUUUGACCCUUAAAUUGACACUAAAAUUAAUGUCACAUUAGCAGCCUGCAUAAAUGAGUGUCAGUGUUUGCUGACUGUGCUUUUUCUGAGGUUGCUGGAGAGCAUGAUGGGAGGUCCACAUUUUAAACUGUGCACCUCUCGCUAUUUUCACUCGUUCACACAUCCAGGGAUAAUAUUUCACCCUAUAGAUAAUACAGAUGGCUCUGUGUGUGUGUGUGUGUGUGUGUGUGUGUGUGAGUGUGAUCGUGUUGGAUUCAAGUUAAUGUAGGGAGAUCUGUGGCCUCUCUUGUUAAGCACUGUUGGAUAAUAAGUUUCCUUUGUAUUAUUAUUUUAAUUUAUUAUCUGGGUAACUGUGCGUAAUUGUACAAACGUGUUGCACAAAUGCACACGACAAUAUCCUCAUUCUCCUGUGAAUAAUGAAUGCAGUUGAUGUGACAUGACAUCCAUCAAUUAUGUUUUUUUUUUCUGGUGUCCCAUUAUGUUUGUGAAUACCCAUUGGUUGGAGUCACGGAUCUGAUACUAUGUUUGCACUGUGGACUAUUGUGUGUCAGUGGGUGUGACUUUACAUGUGGCUGUUUGCUCCAAGCCAGAGACCCAGUAAUGAUCAGAACCCUCUGACUGCUUGUGUGAAUAAUCUCAUGUUUGUUCAAUUGGUGAUUACUUUUAUGAAUAGUGUUUUCUGUAGACAUACUAAAACCUUGUCUAGGUGCAACACUGUCAUUAAAGCAGUAUUGUAUUUCA